AAAAAAUCGAAACCCAAAAAAAAGGAAGAAGAAGAAGAAGGAAGAGUGUAUUGAAUAUAACCAAAAAGAUAUAGAGAGCCAGCUAUCCACAUCCAUAGAUCUUGAAACCUUCAAAAAUGAAAAGGAAGAUAAUUCAGAAAUGGGACUAAAAGCUGAAAUCAAGGAAGAGAUUGCAGAUGGUUGUCCAGAAUAUAUAGAUAGUCAACAAUGUAUAUCCCAAGAUCUUGAAGACUCGGUUAAAGCAGAUGAAGUUAACUCAGGGUUUUCCCAGAAUGGAAUGGAAAUCAUGAAAACUGAACUUGAAUGCUCUACAGAACAACAAAUAAAUGCAAACACUGAAGAAACAACAUCAAAGAAUUCUAUUUGUGAAUGUAAAAUUUGUUUUAAGCAAUUUAGUCAAGCAGGUUCCUUGAAACGACAUAUAAAAACGCACACCGCAGAAAAGUUUUAUAAAUGCGAAAUUUGUUUUAAACAGCUUCCUACAAAAAGUAAAUUAAAAAUACAUUUGAGAGUGCAUACUGGAGAAACGCCUUACAAGUGUCAAAUUUGUUUUAAACAGUUUAGUCGAGCAGAUUGUUUGAAAUUACAUUUGAGAGUGCACACUGAAGAAACUCCUUACAAGUGUGAAAUUUGUUUUCAGCAGUUUACUUAUAAACUUUCUUUGGAUGUACAUACGAAAGUUCACACUGGAGAGACGCCUUAUAAGUGUGAAAUUUGUUUUAAACAGUUUAAUUACAAAAGUAAUUUGAAAGUACACAUGAAAGUUCACACUGGAGAAAAGUCUUACAAGUGCCAAAUUUGUUUGAAGCAGUUUUCUCAUAAAUUUUCUUUGGAUGUACAUUUGAAAGUUCACACUGGAGAAAAGCCUUACGAGUGUGAAAUUUGUUUCAAACAGUUUGUUCGAGCAUCAGAUUUGAAAAGUCAUUUGAGAGUUCACACUGGAGAAAAGGCUCUCAAGUGUGAAAUUUGUUUUAAACAGUUUGCUCGAGCAUCAGAUUUGAAAAGUCAUUUGAUAGUCCACACUGGAGAAAAGCCUCACAAGUGUGAAAUUUGUUUCAAACAGUUUGCUCGAGCAUCAGAUUUGAAAAGUCAUUUGAGAUUUCACACUGGAGAAAAGGCUCACAAGUGUGAAAUUUGUUUAAGGCAGUUUUUUCGAGCAUACGAUUUGAAAAGUCAUUUGAGAGUGCACACUGGAGAAAAGCCUUACAAGUGUGAAAUUUGUUUUAAGCCGUUUACUCGAGCAUAUAGUAUGAAAUUACAUUUAAGAGUCCAUACUGGAAAAUAAUGCUUAUAAGUGUGAAAUUUGUCAGUUUAAUCAAGCACACGGUUUGAAACGUCAUUUGAGAGUACACACUAGAGAAGAACUUCACAAGUCCACAAGGAAGAAUUUCCUGUAGCUGGCUGUAUACCAUUAUUAGGGGAGUCCAUAUAGAUUUUCACUUCGGAAAAAAUCAAACAAGAUAGAACUUUUUGUAAUUUGAUUAAGAAAUGUUUAAUAAACAACAUAUCAAAAAUUUCUACUCGAGAAGUGGGUGCUUCAUUUUUUAUUAAACAAAUGAACUGCGAAAUUAGAUGUUUUUUUAAAUAACUUCGAAAAUAUAAACUUUAGAAAAAAACUGACUUGACCAUUGAAAAUUUCAGAAAAUUUUACCAAAAAAAACUUAUAUAAGGAUUUUUCUAAAAUUAAAUAUGUAGCUUCUAUAUUUUUUUAUUUAUAACGCUAAAGUCAUCCUUCUCACAAACACUGGCGCACUGUAAACUAGCGUUCGGAGAAGUGCACGGUUGAGUUAUUUUAAUGUAAUUCUUUAACUAAUGGAUCAAAUGAAAUUUUAGAAAUUGGACAUGAAAGAAGAAUAAUUAAGCUAUCUUAUGGUUCUAAUAAAAAGAAAUAAAAUGUAUGGUCAUAAGUACGUUGUGGGCUGAAAGUUAGACUUACAUGAAUUUGUUUAAAAAUAAUUUAAAAAUGUGUAACUAAUACAAUUUUUCUUAUAAAACUCUCAUUUUUGCACAACUUACCGUUCAAACAUCUUACUAAACGAUGUAUCAUUAAAAAAAAUCUCAAAAAUUUAAUUCAAAUGAUACGACCGACAUCUCAAAAUAUGUAAUUUUUGAAAACUUCAUAGUUUUACAGAAUUAACACCACUUUAAGGCGGUAUUACUGUGUGUCUGAACUAAGUUUGAACAGGUCUUUUACAGUUUUAUAGGUCUUUUUUAAAGCUUAGAAUGUAGUCUUUAAAAUGCACUAAAUUAUUUUACUUUAAAAAUGAAAUACACUAUUUCUUUUUGAGAAAAUUAAGAAAGAUAGCAAAAAUGUAAUACAAAAACCGAAAAUUACCAGCUAAAAAAAAUGUUUAUACAAAGUGAUCAAAACUUUUUUCUGUAAAACUUACCUAAAAUACAUUUAUUAAUAAGCUUCAACAAUAAUAAAUGUUCAACAAACAAAUUUUUUUAGCUCUUAUACAGUAUGUCUGCGUAACUUGGAACAUAUUGAUAACUUUUUUAUUAUCAGUCUCACGAAAAAAAGUUAUUCUUUAUAAAAUACUCUGCAUCAUAUAUGAUCUAAGAUACAACCAUAAAAUAUAUAAAAAAUUAAUUUUAUACGUGGUAUGUCAAAAAAUAUGAAUUUCACUCAAGAGUAAUGUACCUCUAUAAUUCACAAUAUCGAAAAUUGUUAUUAAGAAAAGUUGUUUGGAAUUAAAAAAUAUGUUUCAGUGUUCAAUUACAUUCUUCUAAUUGAAAUAUUGUGAAUAAUAAAGGCACUUAACUCUUACUCUAGACCAGGUAGAGCAUUUUAUGAAGAAUAACUUUUUUUCGUAAAAUUGAUAAUAAAAUAGUUACAAUAAUUGAAAUAAAGUGA